ACAAAGAAACGAAUAAUCUGGAUCGUGGACACAUCUAAAACCCUAAAAACCCAUUUGGUUGAAUAACCCGCCUCCAAAGCGAACAAUCAAAGAUCUCAUCUCAUUUUCCCCCAGGAGCUAUGAGGAGAGUUACCGGACUCGCUGCGCGCACCAUCUCAUCCUCCGUCGCCGUCCAUCCACGCCUCGCUCAUACCACAGCGAUGAUGACCACGAUUCCUUCUUCGGAGCCUCCGUCCCCGAGAUUUGGUGGUCUACCCACGCCGUCUUUUGCCGGCGGAGUCGCUGGGAUUGUUUUCUUUUCCGCCGCUGCCGCAUCGUCCCUUGGUCAGGAAGUCCACGCCAAGGAGAUGUCCCAUAAAUUCAACCCUAAAGAGGUGGUUCUGUAUCAGUACGAGGCUUGCCCUUUCUGCAAUAAGGUCAAAGCCUUCUUGGAUUUCAACAAGAUUCCAUACAAGAUUGUUGAAGUGAACCCUUUGUUUAAGAAAGAAAUCAAAUGGUCUGAUUACAAGAAGGUGCCAAUCCUUACUGUUGACGGUGAACAGUUGGUUGAUUCUUCAGUGAUUAUCGAUAGCUUAUUCCAAAGGAUGCACCCUGGAAUUUCAAAGUCUGAAGAUGAUGAAGAGACGAUAUGGCGCAAGUGGGUGGACAAUCACCUUGUGCAUAUUUUGUCACCAAACAUAUACAGGAGUACUUCAGAGGCUCUAGAGUCCUUUGACUACAUCACCACCCAUGGAAAUUUCAGUUUCACGGAAAGAUUAGUGGCAAAGUAUGCAGGAGCAACGGCAAUGUACUUUGUGUCAAAGAAACUGAAGAAGAAAUAUAACAUAACAGAUGAACGUGCAGCUCUUUAUGAUGCUGCUGAGACAUGGGUCGAUGCCUUGAAUGGGCGUCCAUUCCUCGGUGGUUCAAGACCAAACUUAGCCGAUCUCGCAGUAUUUGGUGUCUUGAGGCCUAUAAGGUACCUUAGAUCGGGUAAGGAUAUGGUGGACAACACGCGCAUAGGUGAAUGGUUUUCUCGUAUGGAGAACACGGUCGGAGAGCCUUCUGGGAUCAAAGAGUAAAGGAGUUUGCUUUGAUUUAUAUAUCUCUAAUAAGAAAAUGAAUUGCAUAAUAUUUCGCGUAUUUCAUGGCCUAAUAAUAUCUUACGUUUUAGAACUAGAGAAAGAAACCAAAGUAAAAAACUUCUCUUGUGAAUGGGGAUUUAAAGUACUGUGACAUGCAUGGUUUUGUCAUUCUUGCUUUUGCUAAAAAGUCGUUUGUUGGAUUUUCUCUUAUUGAACUGUUGAAUCAGUAAUACAACA